CUGCCCGUGCCCAGAGCAGCCGCGUAUCCCGGGAUACCCCGGUUCGGCUGGCAGGGAAGGAGCUGGGAAAGGCAGCGCGGUGUUUAUCCAUUAUGUGGGCAUGGCGUAUCCAGGGAUGCCCCGGCUGAGCUGCCAGGGAACGGGCUGGGAAAGGCAGCGCGGUGUUUAUCCAUCCCGUGGGCUCGUGGGCGGUGAUCCCUGCGUCACUCACCGCGCUAAUUAAGAGCUGAUUAGCGAUCAGUAGCUGAGGGGCAGACUUCUGAGUCUGCUGUUGCCUGCGGGAUCAGAGCAGCGCCAAGGCAGCCCCGAUCCCCACAGCUCGGGCAGAGGCCGAGCCCACGCCGGACCGGGACCCCCGGGAUGCGAUGGGGAGGACGAGAGGGAUGAGGAGGAGGCGGGACCUUGCACAAGCUGCGUUCAGCUCGCCGAGCUACUUCCCCAGCCAAGGAAGCUUCUCCGAAGUGUUUCCUUUGGCUUAGCAAAGUACAACGUCCCCGGCAGCCCCCGCACGUCGCGUUCGGGGCCCGCGUGUCCCCGGGGGCCGGGAUGCAGCGUGCCAAGCCCCCGGAGCUGCUGCCUUGGCUGCACCUGCCGUGGGACACCUGUGCCCGCAUCCCUCCGGCAGCGCCCCGGGCCGGCCGCGGCUGCCCGGGGAGGCAAAGAGCGGGAGAACGGCAGAUCCCCGGCGCUGCCUCCGCCUGGAGCCCGCCUCUCCAAACCCUGAGGGAGGCUGGGGGCUCCUGGGCACGCAUUUGGGGUGCUGAGAACCUUGGGGCGCCCCAGGCAUUGCGGUAGGGACGGGCAGAAGGGGCUGAAUCGCCUGUCCCGCUCCCCGCGGCUCAGCUGGCUUGGAAAUACACCCGGCUCGCAGACCUCGCCAUUCCCACCAGGAUCAGCAGCCCCAGCACAAUCCUUGACGGCUCCCAGAUCCUGCUCAGUCCCAGAGUUCGCUGUGGAAUUUCCCUGACCUGUUAAAGAGAACCAGCAGAGCACUGCUUCCCCCUCGGGUUGGGCAAAACCCCUGAGCCCCUCGGUGGCAGAGCGGCCCCUCACCACCCCCACGGCCCCAUCUGAGCCAAAAUGUGCCCGGGGCCAGCACGAAGCUGCUGAGUUCCUGUUUGGAAGCCGGUCGUGCCAGGGCCGGUACCUGCCCACGGGGUCAGCAGCGCUGGGCUUGUUGUUGUGAGCCCCGACUUAUCAGUGCCUUCGUGCUUCCCCGCUCCGGCCGUGCCUUCCUUCCGAGCCGAUUGUUGAUCCCGCAGUCUUGUCUGCGCUGGAAAAAAGGAGAUUUCCUGCAAUUGUUUCGCAGGACUUGCAGAUCGAUGCAAAAAUUUCUGCCUAUCAGCCCCCUCCCCAGCGCCGGGGCAAGGCUUGAGCCCCCUCCCUUCCCCUGCCAGACCGCGGGGCAAUCACGGCUCUGUGAUUAAUUGCUGCCUGGCCAGAGGUGCUUCUCUGCCGACAUACAUCUGCCAUCGGCUCCUGCGGGAGUGCUGCCCGGGCAGAGAGCUCAGCUUUCAGCCCUUUUGCCCCGAAAAGAACCCCGAGCUCACCCUGAUAUCGACGUGGCACCAAGGGCAGCUUUGGCACCUUUGUUAUAACCCACCCCAACCCCGCAGGAUUCCCAGCGCUGGGGCAGGACCUGGGAUGUAUUUUCCCCACAGCAGAAUCUAGGCAGGAUCCAGCCUUCGAGCCCAGCGGGGUGACAGUGGAGGGGACCCUCAGGAAGCCUCGGGGACCCCCGUCCAUCCCCAGGCACCUGCGGCUUCCACACCGACACCAGCCCGCGGCCUCCCCGCACCCAUCCCCACCCUGCGGCAAAAUCAAAGGGGAGCCGAGUCCCGGGGCUGGAAAUCCAGCCGAAUGUCACCCGCGCGGGGCUGUCUCAGGAUGUUGCACCACGAUGGUCAUUUCCUGCCCAGGAAGCGGCCACCAAGCCCACCCGAGCUCCGUGCCCAGAGGCGCGCGAGCUGCCGAGCCGAGAGGAUCCCCCCGCUCCCGAACAGCCCCCGCGCAGCCCUCGCUCAGCCGCCGCCACCAGGAUGGCCGAGGUGACCAGUGUCCCCAUGGAGACACACACUGUCCGCAUGGAGACACACACUGUCCCGAGUGAGUACGGGGACUACCACAACUGGUCCGAGCUGUUCCACCUCCUGAACCACACCUACACCUACUGCGAGUUCAGCCUGGACGAGAACGUCAAGCGAGUGAUUCUCUUCAUCCUCUACCUGGUCAUCUUCGUGGUGGGCUUGGUGGAGAACCUCCUCGUCAUCUGGGUCAACUGGCAGACACGGGGCAACAAGAGCUUGGUCAACCUGUACAUCAUCAACAUGGCCAUCGCUGACCUCGGGGUGCUGCUCUCGCUGCCCAUCUGGAUGCUGGAGGUGAUGCUGGAUUACACCUGGCUCUGGGGCAGCUUCCUCUGCCGCUUCACCCACUACUUCUACUUCGCCAACAUGUACGCCAGCAUCUUCUUCCUCACCUGCCUGAGCGUGGAUCGCUACGUGACCCUGACCAGCUCCUCGCUCUUCUGGCGCCGGCACCAGCACCGCGCGCGCCGCGUGGUCUGCGCCUGCAGCUGGGUGCUGGCCGCCGCCAUCCCCUUCCUGGAGGUGGCUCACAUGCAGCUGGUCAACACCGGGGAGCCCAUCUGCAUCUUCAUGGCCCCCUUUGAGACCUACGACGAGUGGGCGCUGGCGGUCAGCUUGGCCACCACCACCAUCGGCUUCCUCAUCCCCUUCCCCAUCAUCGCCGUGUUCAACGUGCUGACGGCGCGGUUCGUCCGGCGCACCAAGCCCGAGAGCCGCAAGCACUGCCUGCUCAUCUACGCCUAUAUCGGGGUGUUCCUGCUCAGCUGGCUGCCCUUCCACGUUGUGCUGACGCUGCUCACCCUCGAGGGCAACCACAUUGUCCUGCACUGCACCUUUGCCCACCUCCUCUACUUCUUCUAUGACAUCAUAGACUGCUUCACCCUGCUCCACUGCGUCAUCAACCCCAUCCUCUACAACUUCCUCAGCAAGAACUUCCGCAGCAAACUCAUCUCUGCUGUGGUCAAGUACAUCCCGAAGGACCACGGUGGCCAGAAGGGCGCCGACAACUCCUCCUCCAGCACGCAGCACUCCAUAGUCAUCGCAAAGGACAACAGCCCUCCCAACUAAGGGGGGUUGGACUCUCCCAGCCUCUGUCGUGGUGCCUCCCUGGGGACAGUGGGAUCGCUUCUCCUGGUGCUGAGGAGGGAAUUUGCUCGGACACAGCUCUUCUCGGCUGGGCACCUCCCGUGGCAGGAUGAGGUGCCAGGUUUGAGGAGAGUUGGGAGCUAUGGACAUCUUGCCUCUGGAGCGUUGCUGCGUCCAGCCUAAAGACAGGAUAAGAGGAAAAGAGAUUCCCUGUUUUACAAAGGAAACCCUUGCAAUAAUAUAGCCACUCAGUUACUCCGCUCAGCGUCUGACACAAUCCAGCCCCUGAGAUCUGAUCCCCAUCCUGCCCCAAGCUGUGGGGUUGGGGUGCAUGGUCUGCCCCAUCACGGGUGUUUCUGCACCCCCAAACUGUCCCUGACCCCCAGCCCUGUGCAUGGCACUGCCUGGUGAGUGCCAUCCCGAGUGGGAGAGAAGGAAUCAUCUCUUUGGAACACAAACCUCCCCUCACCAUGCCCAGCAACGUCCAGAGCCUGAUUUUUGAGAGAUGAAGGCAAGGCAGCCCAAGGGGCUGAGCAGGGCACGGACCUGAGGGGAGGAACAAUUUGGAUUCGAGAUCAGCAGCUCCUUCAGAGCAAUUUUGCAAACCCAGUGGUAAAUUAGCAAUGGUUAAACUGGGUUUCACUGGGCAGGGCUUCUCCAGACUGACUUUGGGUCCCCCAUCCCGUUAACUCCAGCCUUCUCUGGAGCAUCCCCUGGCAGGUUUUUAUGGUCAUUGGGUGCAUUUCUCAACUCCACAGGGCUCCAACAGCCCUUUUCCUUCCACUAAAAUCCCUGCAGGAGCUUGGGCACGUACAGAAAACCUCGGAGCCACAGUGCGGGCUGGGCUUGUGCCAUGCGAGGAACUGGAGUAUCCGGAUAAAGUUCAUCCUUGUCCGGAUCCUGAUCCCAGUCACGUGCUGUGGGUCGAGCCCUCGGUGGGGGAAGGUGACAGAGCGACAGGCGCCGGAGCCCAUAAAUCUACCAAAGGCCUUGAGCUGCUCGAGGAACACGUCGUGAAAAAAGCAAAGCAUAAGCAGUUCUGGGGACAGGAUGCUGGAGCAGGGGGUGGGAGCAGGAUGUCCCAGGAGAAGCCCCUGACCAGGGCUUUAAGGCGGAUAUGGGGUUAUCGUGGGACAGGCUGGGAAAGCUCUGCCAGUUCCAGGGGUCCUGCAAUGGGGUAAAACCCUAAAUACCUCAGGGUUCCUUCUGCAGGACGUUCCUUUGUAUCCCGGGACACGAGCACUGAGGGAACAAUCCAAAUCCACGUCUUACAUGGAAACCCUGGGAAGGGAGCAGCUCCCUCCUCAGAAUUCCCGGUUCAGGGCAGCAGCUCGGGCUGUUCCUUAACUCUGUUCCUCACACCUGUGAGCGCAGAGCCCCGGGGGCCGUGAGACCCCAGGGGCUGUGAGACCCCCGGGCUGAGAUCUGCAUCCACAGGACCCCACCACUUUCAUCCCCUGAUCCUGACUCCUCCCUGAGCUUCCCUUUGCCAAUUCCCUCCCAUUUCCAACGAAGAAAUGGAUGAUAAAUACACAACCAACCACUUGCUGUGUGACAUCACCGGGGUAAAAAUGUAUUCAAGAUACUUAAACGUGUAAAAUUUGGUAUUUCACCUAAUAAACUAAAUUUUUAACUGUC